AUGACUGAAGUUUUAAAUUCUUCAGUUCGUCAACGUUUAGAACCUUACCUUUUGCUUUCUAAAUCUGCAAAAGGCGGUGCAUGUGUACAAUUAAUCAAAGAUGCACUGGCUGCGCCAGGUGUUUAUGUGUUUGCUGAAUUGCUAAGCAUGCCAAAUGUUGCUGAGCUUCAAAAGAAUGAGCAACACGUUUCAUACCACACAUUAUUAAGAUUAUUUUCUUAUGGCACAUACAAAGAUUAUAAAGAACAUGUAUCAACGUUGCCACCACUAGAUGCCACACAACUGAAUAAAUUGAAACAUUUAUCUAUCGUUUCCUUAUCUGAAGAAUCAAGAACAAUUCCGUACGAUAUACUUUUACAUUACCUUGAUAUACCAAAUGUUCGUGAACUUGAAGAUUUAAUUAUUGAGGCAGUCUAUCAGGAUGUUAUCAAAGGCAAAUUAGAUCAAAAAAGGAAACAGCUUGAAAUCGAGUAUACAAUGGGUAGAGAUUUACGACCUGGACAAAUCGAUCAAAUGUUGGAAGUAUUAAGCGUUUGGUCCCAAACUUCAGAGGAAAUUCUAAAAGUUACAGACGCCAAGAUUACACAAGUUCGUGAUACUGCUAUUGAGAACAAAAAACAAAGAGAGGAUUAUGAAAAAGAAGUAGAACGACUUCGCAAAGAAGUCAAAUCCAAUUCAAAGAAUACUGACCAUAUGGAAAUUAUGGCUGGAGGAGUUGAUCAAUACGCUAGCUUGGAAUAUCAUGACGAGAAUACAAAGGGUGGUAGAACAGGAAAGAGGUAUGAUAUCAUUUCAAAAUUUUACUCAGUUGUUGAUUGGAGUCGUUCGGUUCUUUAUUCGGUCAAAGGCCGAUAUUGGGGCUUGAUUUUUUAUAAAUAG